AUGUACAGGAAAGCAAAGGAAGAGGAGUGUUGCUACAGUUACAAGAAGAAGCAGCAACAAGCAGCCAUUGCAAGCAUCUUCUCAUACAAACACUUGAAAAAAGUGUACCCUUCUGCUGGGCUGUACAGAAGCUCUUCUUCAUCUUUGUCUUCAAUUUCAUCCAAUUCAUCAUCUUCACCCUCACUGUCUCUUUCACAAAAUUCAAACGAUGACUCUUCUCUAACGGACCAUUCAUCUUCAUCCCCACUCGACCACAAGGUUUCCUUAGCCCUCCGCCUCAUUGCCCCACCGCGACAGAGGAGGAGGGAACAUUCACCGACGAGGACGGCUCCUCAUCCGGUGGGUGAACAUGAUCACGAUCAUGGUGAUCGAGAUGGUGGUGGUAGGGAGCCGAGGAGGUGCAAUUGGAUUACAAAGAAUAGCGACAGAGCUUAUGUUGCAUUUCAUGACGAGUGUUGGGGAGUUCCAGUUUACGAAGACAACCAAUUGUUUGAGCUUCUCUCGCUGUGUGGUAUGCUGAUGGACUACAACUGGACUGAAAUUCUCAAGAGAAAGGAGCUCAUCAGGAAAGCAUUUGGUGGGUUUGAUCCAAAUGUGGUGGCAAAAAUGGACGAAAAAGAAAUCACAGACAUCAUCUCCGACAAGACCUUAUCCUUAGUUGAAUGCAGAGUCCGAUGCAUCGUCGACAAUGCCAAAUGCAUUCUCAAGAUAGUGAGGGAAUUCGGGUCAUUGAGCGGGUACAUGUGGGGGUACAUGAACCACAAGCCGACGGUGAACCGACUGAAGCAGCCGAGAAACGUGCCGCUGAGGUCACCAAAGGCAGAGUCAAUGAGCAGGGAGCUGUUGAAACGCGGGUUCAGAUUUGUUGGGCCGGUCAUCGUCUACUCUUUCAUGCAAGCCGCCGGCUUCACCAUCGACCACCUCGUCGACUGUUUUAGGUACGAGGAAUGCGUCGCCCUUGCCGAACGCCCCUGGAGGCAUAUGUGA